AUGCGUUCGCGUCUUGUGCCGAAGGGCAAGCGUGCCGGGGCGGCGGCGGCAGCAGCGCUUGUCAUGAUUCUUCUUCACCUUCAGGUAUUACCGUCGAAAUCUACCCAAACGGGCGACAGGAUUUCAUUUCUACGAAACCAAUUUCACCAUACACCGAGUCCGGCGGCGGACGAGAUUCCGACUUCUUUACCGGAACUCGCGACGUUGAGUAAGCCGGACCUGCCAGAGUCGGAGUUCUGCGCCAAACGCUUCGGCCCUCGAUACCUGAACGAACUUCGCGACCAAAGGAUUCAGUACUGCUCGGCAGAUUCAAGCGCAAACCUGACGUGUUUCCACAGUCAUACACAAUCCAACGACAACCGCGACUCGUUUUGUAUCGGCCAGGGCGCCGUACUGGACCGUGAAAGCGGUACCUUCAACCUCGAUUGCGCUGUGCGGAAACCUACCGGUAACGAAUCAUCAUAUGGAAUCAUUCCCUUCUCAAAUAUCAGAAACUACUGGUACGAUACCGGUCCGGGUUUCCUAUUCCAGAACUUCGUCAACGUCAAAGCUGGGGCUUCGCCAUCCUCAGUCACACAAGCGCCAAGCUCCCUCGAGAGCCGUCCGUUCACAAUUCUCGUGAAGAGGGAAGGCCAUUCCAACAUCUGGCACUCUCUCAUGGAGAUAUGGUCAAUGGUUAUGUCCCUCGACGUCUUGCGGCUCAGUCGCGAGGGCGGCGAUCUCAACAAACCUUUCUUUACCAUCCCCGGAGACGUCCCACGAACCCAGGUAGUCUUCUUGGACAACCAAGAAGAAGGACCCCUAUACCCAUUGUGGGGAAUGUUUGCAGGUCGUGAGCCACUUCGCCUCAGCAAGGUCUUGGAAGACCCAGCGCAAUCCCAAGCCCUCGCCGAGACGCCUCAGAACAUUAUUGUCCCCCUUGCCGGAGGGAGCAAUCCUCUAUGGCAGAAUGAUUGGGAGGAUAGAGACUGCAAGGACGCGCCGCUACUGAAGGUCUUUACGCGACGAGUGAUGCAGCAAUUUGGCGUCGAAUUUGAGACGGGGCGGCGACAAGGCAAGCUACUCAACGUCACCCUCAUCGAUCGACGGGGCUCUCGCAAGCUCCUGGACCAGGACGUCCUAGUAGACGCAGCACGGGAAGCGUUCCCCGACGCCAACUUCCAGGCAAUCGACUUGGGAUCGGUGAACUUCUCCGAGCAGCUUCGAAUCAUACAGUCCACCGAUAUCCUGGUAGGCGUCCACGGCGCGGGACUGACGCACACCAUGUUCCUCCGGGAGGACGGCGCCGCGGUCGUUGAGAUACAACCGUCUAGCAUGUCUCACAAGGGAUUCAGGAAUGUGGCGCAGAUGUUGGGCCACAAGUACUUUAGCACCCACGCCGAGAUGGUAGGUCACGAGGAUGAUGACAAGGGCCGGAAGAGAGGUCUUGUGCGACGAGACCGGUGGCACUGGGCCGAUAUCCGGAUCGAGGAGGGUGCCUUUCUCGAGUUGAUUGGACAAGCUGUAGAGGCCAUGAGAGAGUAG